CGGUUGUUGUUGUUGUUGUUGUUGUAGUCUUAUUAGCAGUAUUAGAACUACAUUUCCCAUCAUGCUCUACGACCCGCUGCACAUCCCCGGAUGUCCUGUAGUAGACUCAGAGAACAAACACGUGUUCAUACACACAGCGAGUGGUGGUUCAGCAUUAUCUAACAAAAACACCAAGAUUUAAUUCUCUAAACCCACAGAGGAGAAGAAAUAAUCACCAGAAGAAGCUGUAAUAACAUAAAGAAGAACAAGAACCACAAGCCGCCGCCAUGUUCCUGCAGUUUUACUUCAACGAGAACGGAGAGAGAGUUUAUACUCUCAAGAAGCUGGAUUCGGAGGGUCGUCCCACCACCUCGGCUCACCCGGCUCGAUUCUCUCCCGACGAUAAAUUCUCCAGACAUCGAGUAACGAUGAAGAAACGUUUUGGAUUGUUGAUCACCCAGCAGCCUCGGCCCGUGCUCUGAACCAUCCGGCGUCGACACCGUCGAGAAAACAACCAAACUGUGGUCGACAGUUCGUGAUAAUGAAACGAUGAUGGAUCCUGAUGUUGAUGUAGAUUCUGUAAUAAUGCGGUCAUGUCUGUUUGAGAAUAUCACAGCUAUUGUUGGAAAUUUUUGUUUAGUGAUUACUUUGUAAAAAGCGCCAUGUUUCAGGAUGAUAAACCUUUUUUUUGUACUUUUUAAGUUUCAUUUUACUCUGUAGAAAAGAAUAAUGCUGUAGAAGGCAUUAAAAUGUCAAAACACAAA